ACUAAACUCUGGCUCUGGGGUCCGGGAGGGAUUUAGUGCAGUCUGAGGGGAAUAGAGAAACUUUUGGAGGACGGGCGACCCAGAUUCCACACACAGCUAUGCAGUUUCAGGAGUGGUUACGUUCCCUGCGUUUCAGCGGAGGAGAUGGGAAGUCUGAAAUGGACAAUCUGAAGACCCUCCUUCCAUCUCUCCCCCCGUCCUUCUCUCUUUCCUCUCUGUCCCUCUCUCCAUCCUCCAUCAUCGGGUUAGGAGCGUUAGCCUCUCUCACAACCUACUGGCUGGUGACCAGACCUCGUGCAAUCCAGCCUCCAUGUGACCUGCAGGCUCAGUCCAUCCCUGUACAGGGAGACCAGAGCUGCAGACGCUCUGCUUUACUAAAGGAUGACAAUCUGCUGGAGUUCUACUACGAGGACACAAAGACGGCAUACGACAUGUUCCAGAGAGGACUGCGGAUAGCAGGUGACGGCCCAUGUCUUGGCUUCAGGAAACCCAGAGAGCCCUAUCAGUGGAUUUCUUACACCGAGGUCGCAGAACGGGCACAGGUGUUGGGAUCAGGUUUGCUGGCGAAAGGCUGCAAGCCAAACCCUCAGCAGUUUGUGGGCAUCUAUGCCCAAAACAGACCAGAGUGGGUCAUUACAGAGCUGGCCUGCUACACGUUCUCCAUGGCUCUCGUGCCUCUCUACGAUACACUUGGAUUAGAAGCCAUGGUUCACAUCCUUAACCUGGCGGAGAUCUCUAUGGUGAUCUGUGAUAAGGAGGAUAAAGCAGAAUCUCUAUUGAAGAACAAGGAGAACUCCGUGACCCCCACGCUGUCCUGCCUGGUGCUCUUUAACCCCUUCAGCGCCGCCCUGCUGGAGAGAGGAAGAAAGUGCGGCGUGGAGAUAGUUCAGCUCUCACAGAUUAUGGAUCUGGGAAGAGAAAACCUAAGGUCUCCUGUGCCUCCUAAACCUGAAGAUCUGGCUGUUGUGUGUUUCACCAGUGGCACCACAGGAAAGCCUAAAGGAGCCAUGAUAACUCACGGCAACAUCGCCUCCAACACCUCCUCUGUCAUCAAGAUCCUGGAGGGCUUCUUUGUGAUUCGUCAAGAGGACGUGUCCAUCUCUUAUCUGCCGCUCGCCCACAUGUUUGAACGAAUGAUCCAGGUGUCGAUGUUCUGUCACGGAGCACGGGUUGGCUUUUACCAAGGGGACAUCUCUCUGCUGAUGGAUGACAUAAAGACCCUGAAGCCCACCUUCUUCCCCGUGGUCCCUCGAUUACUCAACCGCAUCUAUGAUAAAAUUUUGGGCUCGGUCACGUCUCCGUUGAGGAGAGUCAUUCUUCACUACGCCGUGAGGAGGAAACAGGCAGAACUGAGUAGUGGAGUCGUGAGGAACAACAGCCUGUGGGACCGGCUGAUCUUCAAUAAGAUACAGGCCAGUCUGGGUGGAAACCUGCGGUUCAUCCUCACUGCAUCUGCUCCAAUCUCUCCAACCGUCCUCUCCUUCCUCAGGGCCACCCUCGGCUGUCUGAUUUUUGAGGGUUAUGGGCAGACCGAGUGCACAGCGGGAUGCACCUUCUCCAUGCCGGGGGACUGGAGUGCAGGUCAUGUCGGCGCUCCUUUACCCUGCGCUAUGGUGAAGCUGACCGACAUCCCUGACAUGAACUACUACGCCAAGAACGGAGAAGGAGAGAUCUGUAUCCGGGGUCCCAGUGUCUUCCGAGGGUAUCUGAAGGAUGAAGAGAGGACAGGAGAGACUCUGGACGCUGACGGCUGGCUUCACACCGGAGACGUGGGACAGUGGCUGCCGAAUGGCACUUUGCGCAUCGUGGACCGGAAGAAGAACAUCUUUAAGCUGUCCCAGGGAGAGUACAUCGCUCCCGAGAAGAUCGAGAACGUCUACACUCGCUGUGUUCCCGUUCUGCAGGUCUUCGUGCACGGAGAUAGUCUACAAUCUUAUCUUGUAGGAGUUGUAGUUCCAGACCCGGAGGUGUUUGUCGACUGGGCCAAAGAAAGAGGGAUAGUCGGAUCAUAUGAAGAGCUUUGUCAAAAUCCUGACGUGAAGAAAGCCGUGCUGGAGGACAUGGCGGCAGUGGGGAAGGAGGCGGGACUCAAGUCGUUCGAGCAGGUGAAGGACUUAUAUUUGCACCCUGAAAUGUUUAGCGUGUCCAACGGCCUCCUGACGCCAACCCUGAAGAGCAAGCGUGUGGAUCUACGACGACUCUUCAGUGAGCAGAUGGCACAGAUGUACAGUAAAUCCUCCAUAUAGCUAACACACUCACUCAGCAUCAGUUAUCAAGCCAUUUCUUCUAAAACAGUUCAACUAACCUGCUAAAUAAGGGUGACGACACUAGGAAACCGUUCUCAAUAAUUUAUGAUCAAGACUGAAGUAUUUUCAUUUAGUAUCUAGAUUGAGUUUUAGGUCAGAGACACACUCUUCAUCUUAACACAUAGAUCAGGAAUGCUGGGAUUUUACAUGAUUUGGGAACAGAUGAACUAGCUUUCAAUUAUGAGCACCUCUAAAGAACAAUCUGUAUGAAUUUUGAUGCUUCGCUUCAUUUGUUGUCGGCAGAUGAAAUGUUUGUAAAUGAGUGUUUUCAACUGUAAAUGUUUGACUAAUUGCAGCUGAUAGAGCUGUACUGUAUUUUACAUUCUUUUAUUGACAGAAGAAUAAAGACAAUGAAUUAUUACAAAUUCCUGUGGAAUAACGAUCACUGCUCUUACUGACAUAGUGUCUAUAGAAACCGGGUGAUUCAGAAUGAUGUUCGACCCCCAUAGUGACGUCACUCAAAUACUUUCAUUCGAAUGUUAAUCUGUUGUUUACAAACUGGUUCAAUACCAAUCUUACCCAUCACUGUGUCUAAAGCCAGAUCCCAGAUGUGCACUGCCAUGAAACAGACUUGAAUGGUAAGAUAAAGGUGUCCAUUCAAAAUAAAAUGAGGUUUAAAGUCUUCACCUUGACCUGGUAAAGCUAUAUAAACACAUCAGACAAACAGUGGACAUCCAAAAGCAGUUUACUGUAAGACAACUAAACGACAUUAUGUUUAAAGAACACUUCGAUUUGAGAAAUGAAAAGAAGAAAUA